AUGAAUUCAACCACCAUCCCUACGUGCAAGCAAACACUCACUCGCCACACUAAUGCGAUCAAUACCCUCCAAAUAAGCCAAGAUGGCUCAAGGCUUCUCAGCAGAGGCGAUGAUUGUCUUGUUAUAGUUCAGGCCAAUAGACGCCAAAUCACACAAACACACACUCCCGCUCACGGGAAUUCGGGGAGAACUAGGUGUUGCACCUGCAAUUGA